AUGCCGAUGAAUUUGAUUAUAGUGCUUAUGAAGAAAAUAAAACUUGAUAUUUUCAAUAAUAUAGAAGAUAUAAAAGAUUCAAAAGAUAUAAAUAAUAUAGAUGAAGAAAUGGAAGAUAUAGAUGAGGCAAUUAGUAUAGAUAAUAAUGAUAUAGAUAAUACAGAUAAUGUAGAAAAUAUGGAAGGUGUAGAAAAUGAGGUCACUAAUAUUGUUACAAAUAAUAAUAGACUUAUUAGAAAAUCACCUGUAUGGGAUUACUUUGAUGAAGACAAUGUUGAAGGCAAAAUUGUUGCAAGAAUAUGUAAAAAAUGCAGACAAAGAUAUAGUUCAACAAUAGCCACUAGUGUUCUUAAUACUCAUCUUAAAAAUAAACAUGAUAUUAUACUUAUUUUAAAAACUAAUCAGCUAUCUUUACUUCAAAGACCCUAUGGUAGAAAUGAUACUCAAUGGAAAAAGCAAUGUUUUAAAGCUAUAUUCGAUCUUAUAAUUGGUGCACAACUUCCAUUUUCAUUUGUUGAAAACCCUUGGUUUCAUAAUUCAGUAAAUAUAUAUGAUUCAAGAUAUCAGUUACCUUCAAGUAAAUAUAUAAAAAAAUGA